AUGGGCGGAUGCUGUUGCCAUAAAUCUGGGAUUUAUUCUGGUGAAAUCGUCUUUCAACAAAACAGGAGUAAGCCGAGAGAUCUUGAGAACGCAAUUCGAAAGGACACAAAAACCAAAGCCAAUGGUUGUCCUUUCUACAUCAAGAUAUACUACGAGUUCAUCACCGAUAGUUGGAUUAUCCAGGCGAAAAAUGAUGAAACUGGGACCCACAACCAUCCAAUGAUUGCGUAUCCAGAGGGGCAUCGUAAAAUUAGUGGGUUGAGCCCGGAUGCGAAGCAGGUUGUGCGUGACAUAACGAAGUCUAAGGUUGCACCGCGUAACAUCAUGGCGACUAUUGUCGAGCCGUUUCCUGAUGAUCAUCCAAACAUCAGACACAUCUACAACUGCCGGAAUGACCUGAGAUCGGAGAUGUCUGACGGGAAAGGAGUUCUUCUGCAGUUUCUACAUUUGGCGAGACAGAGUCAGUAUCUUUACUGGGUCAUGUCUGAUGAUGAUGGCGUUUUAAAGCACACCUUUAUGGCGCACCCAGUCACGGUAGAAAUCUUUCGGACGUACCCAUAUGUGAUUGGUAUGGAUUCCACUUACAAGACCAAUCGAUACGAGAUGCCGUUCUUUGAGAUAGUUGGUGUGACACCGACAAAUCAGAAUUUCCUCGUUGCUUACGUGUUCAUGCGCAACGAGUGCACGGCAAGCUAUCGAUGGGUUUUGCAGAGAUUGAGAGACUUGAUUGGGUAUAAUAAGGAACCAACGGUUUUCUUGUCAGACCGUGAGCUUGGGCUAUGUGCGGCCUUGAGGGAAGUGUUUCCAGGGACCUCGCACUUACUUUGUCGAUGGCACAUUAAAAAAGAUGUGGAGGCUCGGGUCACUGCUAUGUUCAAAAACAAGAAGAUCGGUGCGCAAUUCAAAAAUGGGAAAUGGAAACGUAUCAUGGAUGCUGCAACCGAGGAGGAUUAUGAUGCGACUGUAGAUACAAUGAAAGAUCGGUGGGCAAGUUAUCCAGCGGUGAUAAAAUAUGUUGAGAGAACAUGGAUUUGUCAUAAAACGAAAUUUGUGACAUUUUGGACAAACCAAGUUCUUCAUCUAGGCAACACCAGCACUUGCAGAGUUGAGAGCCAACAUUCGGCCGUGAAGAUGUGGUUUGAAUCCUCGACAGGUUCUUUGGAUACCGUAUGGGCCCGAGUUCAUUGCCACAUUGGUAAUCAGAUCAUCGCAAUUCGUAACGGUUUGGAGGCUUCUAGGUUGAAGAUAGGUCAGAAGUACCGACAAUUGCCACCGUCACGUAUUAACAGCAAGGUGUCUCAGCAUUGUUUGAAGGUUCUCGAUGACGAGACGAAAAGGAUGAGGGAGUUGAGCUAUCAGGUGUAUGAGCGAUGUGGAUGUGCAAUGCGUGUGACCCACGGUUUGCCCUGUGCUUGCCAGAUACAUGACUCUCUAGCUGCAGGGAUAGGCUUGUAUAUCAGGCAAAUUCACCCGUUUUGGAAGACCUUGGUUAUUGGUAAUGGUGAUGAUGGACCGGUGUUCGGUAAUGACUCGGUCGAGGAUGCCGCACAUUUUCGUUCUCUAAUGGAUGAGGUAAUCGGUAGUGAUCCUGCUGUUCUUCGAAACGUAUCUUGCAUCAUUGAAGAAGAACUGCAUCCGGAUCAUUCUGACCUCGGAGAUCCUGCUGUAAACCACCAGGUUUGUGGUCGACGAAGAAACAAUGAUACAAGACAUGAUCCUUGUUAUUUUGAACAUGUGAACCGCCAGAACACUGCACGUGGUGCACGCCAAACAGAAGAUCCAUGUGACAUUAGCCAAAGCCGUUAUCGACACAUGCUUCCAGAACCGAUGUUGCCUUACAUUACAGGAUGGAAGGAUGUCAUCGGCGAUGGUAACUGCGGCUUUCGUUGUAUGGCCGAGUUCUUCUUCGGUGAUCAAGGACGAUGGUAUGACGCUCAAGAAACAAUAGCAAACGAGGCACGAAGGGGGGUCACUGCACCUGAACGAGAGUUUGUGAUCGCUAUAGUUGGGGGCUCACAUUUUAUCUGUAUUGACCUUGCACCAGAUUCACCUCUUCCCCCGAUUGCAGGUUGGUGGACCGAGAACCACGAGCAAAGUGUUGACAGUUGGGAUCAGCGUUAUGCAGCUAGAAGGAACAUGUGGGAUGCGUUAAUUAAAUAA